AUGGCGGAUGAACAAGGAGUCUUCUAUCUUGAACAGGUGACAGUAGCGGAAGACAGUGAUGACGAGUUUGCUUAUGAAGAGGUUCCCUUGGAAGAUGAAUAUUCUGUUAUAGAUGGAGAUGAGGAUUUGGAAACAGCUUUUACAACAGUGCAAGAAAAGACUAGUGAUGAAUUGUUAGCGCAAAAGACUGAGCCAGUGAAAGCCACAGUUACAACAAGACCAGAGAUUGUGGAAGAUUUUGUGAGAAAUUUUCUUGUUAAAAUGGGAAUGACAAGAACACUAGAUUGUUUUCAGACUGAGUGGUAUGAGUUGUUGCAAAAAGGAUUACUUAAUGAAGAAGAUGUGAGAGUUGUACCAGACAUUUAUGUGAAAAACCAGCAGUUGGAUGACAUGGUGUCUACUCUCCGUCAAGAAGUAAAUAAAUUCAAGGAAGCUGCUGAAAAGGCAAAGCAGACAUUUGUCAGGUUGAAAAAAGAAAGAGAUUUUCAUCGCAUGCACCACAAGAGAGUUGUUCAAGAGAAGAACAGGCUUAUUACUGACAUUAAAAGACUGAAGAAGCACUAUUCCUCCUAUGAGCCCACCCUUCAGACUCUGAAACACAAAUAUGAGGUGGCCAUGAAGGAGAAAAUGUUGACCAAACUUGAAAGAGACAGAGCAGUUGGACAGAUGACUGGGCUUCAGACAACUCUUCAUCAAGUUGGAGGGAACCAAUCAGAGGUCACUCAAGGGGGAGAGGUUCAGAAAAAAGUGUCACAGUAUCGCCCUUCAGCUGGACGCAGAGAUGAAGCUGAUCCUCAUAUGAUGGUGCAGAGUAAACAUCCAAAGGAUUCAGAAUUCCCUGCUGACAGUCGAGUCAAUCCUCAGCUUGCACAUCACAGGGGCCCGUCUGCGCAUUUGACUCGUUCUUUAGAUUGUGGCUUUAGAUUGAUCCACUGCCGAAAACUUGCUCUGCAUCCUAGAAAACAAGUGUUGGCCACAGUCAGUGAUGACUGGAGCUGGAAGAUGUGGGGUGUGCCAAG